GGUACUAGUUGUUUACUAGCUGCAACAUGGGACGAAAGAAACAAGGCAAGUUUGUGCAACCUGCCAACAAGGGCAAAGAAAAGAGGCAUAAGAUGAAGGGGAAGUCCGUAGAGGCCUUUACAGAAGAGAUGCACACUGCUUUUGAAGCAAGUCUUCACCUAGAGGAGGGAGCCGAGGCCCCUCUGGUGAAACUGCCAUGUCCACUUGCCAUGUGGGAGUUGGGUCACUGCGACCCCAAACGUUGUACUGGCAGAAAGCUGGUACGCAAGGGCUUUGUUCGCAACCUGCGCCUCAAUCAGAGAUUUAACGGACUCAUACUCAGUCCGAUGGGCACAAAGUAUGUGACGCCAGCAGACAGAGAGAUUGUGGCUCAAAGUGGGUUAGCGGUGAUCGAUUGCUCCUGGGCCAAAUUGGAAGAGACUCCCUUCAACAAGAUGGUUGGAACUCACCCCAGGUUACUGCCAUACCUUGUAGCAGCAAACCCCGUCAACUACGGCAAGCCUUGCAAGUUGUCUUGCGUUGAGGCUUUUGCUGCCACGUUCUGCAUUGUAGGCUUUGAGGAGCUAGCAGUGCUCUUGUUGAACAAAUUCAAGUGGGGGACGGUGUUCCUGGAUCUCAAUAAAGUUCUGCUGGAACGUUAUGCUGCUUGCAAGUCAGAGGAAGAGCUGCUCUCUGUAGAAAAGGAUUUUCUCACGUCUAAACCAGAGGAUGAGGAGUUUGAUCCAUUUGAUGUGGACUCAGGAGUAGAAUGUAGAAACCUCAACAGACCUAUGUGUGCACCUGAAGAUGAUGACUCUAGUGAGGACACGUCAGAGGACGACGAAGAUGAAAAACCAGGAAGCGACACUGAGUCAAGAGCAGCCUCACAUCAUCAUGACGAAGAGGAGGAAGAGACUGAAUGAAAGUCAUCACAAUAAAGAUAAAAUACUAAAACUAUGGACAAGGACUCAUGACAUACAUACAUAAACUAAAGGCUGUUUUGGGAGCCAGUUUUGUAUUAAAAAAAAUAAAUAAAUUGUAUGUUUUUAUUAAUGUAAACAGACUAAAUAAAUUAAUAUUUGCAACCCA